AUGACGAUUGAUCAAGACGAAGUCUUGUUUCAUACCAGAGAUGUUGCAGCCCUGGAGGAAAAUAUGUUAGCUGCUCCAAGUGCUGUUGACGGCACCCCUCCCGAUCGCCCAGACUACAUAGGAAGGCUCGGCAACCUUAGCACUCAGAUGGCCGAGAGGUUUGCACAAACUCAGAAUAUGCAGCAUCUUAGAAGAUCUCUUGUCUUGACACAGAAGACUAUAGCAAUUAUGUCACAAAAUUACACGGACUUUGCAGACCAGUCACACAGCCUUGGCUCUCAGUCCAGUAAGAGAUUUCUACAUAUCGGAGAACUGUCGGACAUCGACGAAGCUGUUGCCCUAAUGACACGGUCUGUUUACUUGACUCCUGGGGACUCCCAGAUUCUUCCAGGGAGGUUGCAUGACCUCGCGCUCGCGUUAGGUGACAAAUAUUCGUUUACCGGACAAGUGACAGAUGUUCAAGCGGCUGUUGCCACGGCAAGGCGAGCAGUUGAAGCCACCCAACAAGACGAUGAAGGGCUUCCUGGAAGGCUUCACAAUCUCAGCAUCCAGCUUGGUUUUCGAUAUAAGCGAAUUGGAGACAUGAAGGACCUAGUCGAUUCUCUCGAUGCGAUUAGGCAGUCUAUUAGACUCACAGCACAGGGCGACAGGCUCCUUGGUCAAAGAUACCACAGCUUGGCCUUAUCGCUGAGAGUCAAAUAUGAUUCAGGCACAGAUCUAGGUGCUCUUGAGGAGUCGGUUCACACAGCUCGAGAAGCUAUCAAAGCUACGCCGCAUAAUCUCCCAGGCGCAGAAAAGGGCGACAGGUUAGCCAGUCUUGCUUCUCAGCUAGGAGCGCGUUAUCUACGCAAAGGGGCAAUUGAAGAUCUAGAGGAAGCUAUCAAUAUAGCUCGAGAGUCGAUAAAGGUCACCCCUGAAGGUAAUCCCACACUGACUGCAAAGUACAUCACCCUCAGCGUCCACCUGAGGAACAGAUACACUCGAAUUGGAUCCAUGAAGGACCUGGAAGAGGCUAUCAGUGCCACCCGCAAGGCUAUCGCAGUCACUCCAGUGGAGCAUAAACAGAGGUGCGAUCUGUUGGUUAAUCUAAGCAUUCGGCUGGGCUUGAAAUACGCACGCACCAAGGAAACAGCCGACUUCGAUGAAUCUAUCAGCGUGGCCCAGCAGGCCAUUGAAGGCAUGGCGGACGACCAUCCUAGUAGAGCUAUAGCACUGGAGGUUCUCGGUAUACGACUACGGAAUAGGUAUCUACGAUCAAGAAACCUCGACGACCUAUCUGAGUCUAUCAGGAUGAAUAAAGAAGCCGUAGAAGCCACGAAAGAACCCUCUCGUCGAGCAGGGCUGUUCUUCAAUCUCGCUGUUAAGCUUCGAUCUAAAUAUUUGCAUACGAAAGCCAUGGAGGAUCUGGAGCAAGCGACCUGCGCAUGCCGUACUGCAAUCGAUGGAACACCAAACGACGAUCCCAACAUAGCCAGACGAUUGCAUGUUCUUGGGAAUCAACUCCGCACGCAAUAUUCACGCACGAAGGUGGUUUCAGAUCUCGAAGAGGCCGUCCAGUGCUUCAGAACUGCUUUGCAUCAUAAUGCGGCCCCCAUCAGUAUCCGAAUAAAAGCUGGUAGGACGCUGUUGUCGUUUAUGGAUGUUUCUCAAGGAGGGGGGCAAGAGGCAUAUCUAGUCGCUGAGGCAACUAUUCAGUUGGCUCCUUUGCUGAGUCCUCCCUCGCUUGAAAACAAGGACAAACAGCACCUUUUGGCAGAAAUAGCAGGACUUGCCUCGGAUGCGGCAGCCAUUGCCUUGCUGGCUGGCAAGGGCACACUCUCGGCAAUUCGUCUUCUAGAGACAGGACGUGGGGUACUGGCGAGUUCUCUACAAGAUUUGCGAGUUGACAUCUCUGAGUUGGAAAAGAAGCACCCUGACUUGGCUCACUCUUUUGUGACUCUUCGUUAUCAACUUGAUGCACCUUUAUCAGCAGGAGAGGCUGACGCGGAAGCGAUAGAAACCUCCACCAAGAGUGACCAGCGACACAAGGCUGUUACCAGGAUGCCAAUACUCCUUGGAGAGAUACGCAGUUGUGCCGGGUUCGAGGACUUCUUCUUCCGCCGUCAGAGGCUGAGCUACGAGCUGCGGCGGCGCGGGGUCCUAUCGUCAUCCUCAACGUCAGUCGACAUCGAUGUGAUGCCUUGA